AUGCCAUCGCUGUCGAUCAACAACCCCAUGGAGGUGCUCCGCCAGCGACUCUUGCUCGAAGUGGCCCGCAAGCAGAUGCGUGAGGCAAGCCAGCGACAAGCCGUCGCCAAUAGAGUCUUCCUGCAGAACGUUGGCAAACGAGAAAGAAGAGCUGAACGAAAGUUUCUAGAAAAUGGGGUUCGAAACAAGACGUUGAAACAGGUCUAUGACAAGCUUGUGAGAGAUCGUAAUAUUAUUAAGGAGAUAUCUUUAAGAACUUUAGUGGAGCUAGCUGAAGGAGGUGAAUGGCAUACGCUGAAGCAAGCGGUGGAAAUGUUUGAAAAUAAUGCCAAUUCCGCAAUAUCACUCAGGACGAGAAAUGAAAAUUUAAAAACGUCUUUGGAUAAUGUUUCUAUGGAUUUGAAAAGAAGUAGCCAACAAUGGAAGCUUGAUCUUCGAAAUUAUGAAAUUAAAAUUGCUUGUCUUCGGGACAGCAUUAAGGACAACGAACUAAAUUCGCGCUUUCAAUUUGAAUAUGUAGACAAAUGGUUAAGUGCUCGUGCUGAAUCUUCAGAACUACAAUUACAAGAGAAAACUAAGCCCUGCCCACGGAUCGAGUAUGAAGACUGCGUUCAUAAUGAACUGCUACGAGCUUAUGCACUACAGAUAAAGGAAAGAGAAGAACUUUUAGAAUACUGGAAAUUACGAUAUGCAAAGGAUACCUCUGACUUAGACAUGCGGCUCAGCGUACAAUGCGAAAAAUUACGUAUCACAGUAGACCGCAGAGGAGAACUAGAGUCGUUGUACAAAUUACAUGCGGGUGAGAUGCGUGCAUGGUUAACUUUCAAAAAGGAACGUGCAGCUAGACUUGUACGUGAAGAACGCCUGCGUCGAGCAGCAACACGCAUUCAGGCGUGGUGGCGCGGUCUCAUGGUGCGCCGCGCCAUAGGAUCGUUCCGCUAUUUAAAAAACGCGAAGAAAUCUGUACCUAAAGCUAAGAAGAAAUAAACUAAUAACUAUAUUUUGUUACAAAAC